UAGGAUUUUCAGACUCUGAGGAGCUAUUGGAACUAAUCUACAUCAUGGAAAUGGAAACCACUGAACCUGAGCCAGCCUGUGUAGUCCAGCCUCCCUCUCCUCCUGAUGACUUUCCAUGUGAGAUGAAGCUCUCUGGGAAGAUCACUCCUCUGAAGACUUGUUUUAAGAAAAAGCAGGACCAGAAGAGAUUGGGAACUGGAACCCUGAGGUCUUUGAGGCCUAUAUUAAACACUUUGCUAGAAUCUGGCUCACUUGAUGAGGUUUUUAGAGCUAGAGACCAGAGUACAGAUGAAAGCAGCUUACAUGAACCUAUGGUGAAAAAACCUCUGGAAAUCCCUCCUUCAUGCCCACCGGCAGAAAACAGUGUGUCUGUCCUGAUUCCUGAUGAGGCAAAUAGCGAGAGCCAAUUAUCAGAAGCCCAUCCUUCCACUGAAACUCCAGAACAAGUGGUUCCAAUCCAGGAUCCUAGCUUCCCAUCUGAAACCAUAAGUGGAGCAGUGGCAGAGGCGGAUUCUACAGCUGGGCCCUUCCAGGCUGAGGUUUUGCAUUCAGUUUCAGGGGAUGUUCCAGCUCCUACUAGUCCUGACUGCGUUGAAAAAGCUGGAGAUUGUGUUCCAGGAGUUUUUGAAGAAAACACUUUUACAAUUCAGUACAUUUUGAACACCAGUAAUAAGUUGAACACUGAGCUUUUCCGGGACAAAAGUGAGGAGGCUUCUCUUGACCUGGUGUUUGAGCUGGUAAACCAGCUGCAGUACCACACUCACCAAGAGAACGAAAUAGAAAUUUGCAUGGACUUCCUGCAAGGCACUUGUAUUUAUGGCAGGGAUUGCUUGAAGCAUCACACGAUACUCCCAUAUCAUUGGCAGAUCAAGAAGACAACUACUCAGAAGUGGCAGAGUGUAUCCAAUGAUUCCCAAGAGCACUUGGAAAGAUUUUACUGUAACCCAGAAAACGAUAGAAUGAGAAUGAUGUAUAGAGGACAAGAGUUUUGGGCGGAUUUUAAUGCCAUGACUGUGUAUGAAACAACUGAAUUUGACCAACUACGGAGGCUGUCCACACCAUCUUCCAGUAAUUUCAACUCUAUUUACCACACAUUUUGGAAGUACUUCUGUAGAGACCACUUUGGGUGGAGAGAAUAUCCUGAGUCGGUUGUUCGAUUGAUUGAAGAAGCCAAUUCUCGGGGUCUGAAAGAGGUCCGGUUCAUGAUGUGGAACAAUCACUACAUCCUCCAUAACUCAUUCUUCAGGAGAGAAAUAAAAAAGAGACCACAUUUCCGCUCGUGUUUUAUACUGCUUCCAUACUUAAAGACACUUGGUGGGGUUCCCGGUCAGGCCCCCUCGCCUCUAGAAGCAACUGCAUCAUCACAGAUCACCUGUCCAGAUGGGGUCACCUCAGCAAACUUUUACCCAGAGACUUGGGUUUACAUGCAUCCCUCUCAGGACUUCAUUCAAGUGCCUGUUUCUGCAGAAGACAAAAGUUACCGAAUCAUCUACAAUCUUUUCCAUAAAACUGUACCUGAAUUUAAAUACAGAAUUUUGCAAAUAUUGAGGGUCCAAAACCAGUUUCUCUGGGAGAAAUAUAAAAGGAAAAAGGAAUAUAUGAACAGGAAAAUGUUGGGCCGAGACAGAAUAAUAAACGAGAGACAUUUGUUUCACGGAACAUCCCAGGAUGUGGUAGACGGCAUCUGCAAGCACAACUUUGACCCCCGGGUGUGCGGAAAGCACGCAACAAUGUUUGGACAAGGCAGUUACUUUGCAAAGAAGGCAAGCUACUCCCAUAACUUCUCUAAGAAGUCCUCCAAAGGAGUCCAUUUCAUGUUUUUGGCUAAAGUGCUGACUGGCAGAUACACCAUGGGCAGCCAUGGCAUGAGGAGACCCCCUCCGGUCAAUCCUGGCAGUGUCACUAGUGACCUGUACGACUCCUGUGUGGAUAAUUUUUUUGAGCCUCAGAUUUUUGUCAUUUUUAAUGAUGAUCAGAGUUACCCUUAUUUUGUUAUCCAAUAUGAAGAAGUCGGUAACACUGUCUCCAUUUGAAGAAAACAGUCUUGGCACCAAGUUGUGUGAUGUGACCUCGGUCCCACCCAGCGCUGGUGGCAGGUGUGGGUGGCAGAAGGGCUGGUGGGAAACCACUGGACACAACAGGGCACUUGUCAGACCCAUUCUCUACGUGUUAGAAAGUGUUUUUUAAGAAAAGUUUUAAAGUGACCACUUACUCUUUAUAAUUACUAAUUGUUAGUGUACUGGGUGUGGAAAAGAACUCAAGAUUGCACACUUUCUUUCACACUGUACAUAUGGGCAGCAGCGAUAUUAGAAGCAUUUAGGAAAAAAACUGAACAGCCUAGCCAAGUAGUGAAAUGCUGCUGGGGUCUGUAGAAGUUUGCCAUGCGGAGUAGAGGCUGUGAGUGUUGUGUUUACUUACACUGAAGGGAACUGGCGGGAACUGACACGGCCCUGGCUUAUUUCCUAGCCAAAGCAUCCUUACGUUGGCGUACUGUAAGUUCAUGACAUUCUAGUUGGUGGAAAGGAAUUUUUAUUUCUGUCAGCAGGUCUGAAGUACAUCACCAGUCAGAGAUUAUUAGUGAUCUGCAGGGUUUUCCUGAGAAUUCAGAAUUCCGUUUAGAGGAAGUGCUAAAAAAAAAAAACUGAAAAUUUUUUAUGUUGCCAGCAAAGUUUUCACUAACAAGUUACAUGAAACGGGAUUCUUGUGUUAAACUGCAGCUUUGGAAAGCUCAUUAUCUUCCACCAUAAUCUGAAGAAGUUGGGCAGCUACUGCACUUAAAGCCAGACUUGAGAAUUUAGAAGUAUUAUUUUCUUUUGGGGUUCCAGACCUAGCCCACGUGCUGAUAGUUUUGGAGAAAGGAAGACAUUUACAGCCAAAUUAAAAAGGUUUAGUACUGUAUUUUGUACAAAGUAGAGUCUCAGAAGUAUUUGUUGAAUUGCAGUGACUGUUAAGGUGGUAACCCCACCUCGGCCUGCUUUGCCAGAGGCCGCUGAGUUCCCUGGCUGAUCCCGCUCUUUACACUACUUUCUUAAUAGAAACACAAACUUGGAAGUUGUGCCAUCAGCCCAGCCGGAACCUGGUCAGGCAAAUGCGCUGCUGCCGCUGUUGAGAGGUAGUAGCUAGGCACGCUUCGUUCUAUACUUUACCCCAAGCAGAGCCAACACUGGGUUUACAGAGUGUGAAAAGUUCACAAAAGCACAGCACAGAAUUCCUGCAGAUACCACCCGUUCCUGUGUUGUUUCAUUUACCCAGAACUUUUGGGGAACUUCUGUGUUGUUUGAAGCAAGAAGACAGUGACUAGUCUGUUUAAGGCACUUACCAGGGCUUCCACACCGAUAUUUAUUCUGCCCUAGUUCAUCCUGUUCGCUGCUUUCGGCGUGAAAGGGGGCAACUGUGGUCAUUGUUUUUCAUUCAACUCCCAACUCUUAAACCAGUGAUUUUCAGUCCUUUUCAAGUUAAAAUACCUUACCAUUGUUUAUUUGAUUUUAUGAAAAUUGUUCCUUUUAUUCUCCCUAAAAGAAACGAAAGCUUUAUGACAUAUUUAUUUUUUUAAUAAAACUAAGCAAAAAUAAAAGUUACGGCAGUUCUUUA